UUAAUGUUCCCUUAGAGUUUUCCGGUCGCCGUCCUACGCGGUGCUCCCUCUGCCUCGCCCCAGCCCGACCACUCGUGAGUCGUCUUAUCCGAGCUAGCUCAGCAGAAGGACUGGUCUCAGCAAAGGGAGCGCUAAGAGUCCUGCGCGAUCUCUAGAGACUUUCAACGGGAUCCCGCUCUUGGCAAUUGGCUUCUACAUGCAUACCCUGGCCUCACGUAAAAAAAAUCAGGUACCGACCGACCCGAUGCAGUUAGGUCUUGCGACUCUUCCCUGUCGUUUGCCCGUUCGUAGCUCUAAAUCUCGUUAUCGAGCAGAUUCCUCUCGCUCCCUCAUUUAACGCAAGGAAGAGUGCUCCUUCAACCUUUGUUCCCUCUUUCUUGAUCUCUCGUCUUCAAAUUCAGAGACGUCCCAAUCACCAUGUCGACGAACACAUCACUCUCGUCCUCUUCCAGGCAGCCCCUCAUCUAUCGAUCCACUUUUCCAGAGCCAAAAGCGCUACGAUGCGGCGACACUGGAAAUCUUUUCGAUCUCAUCAGUCAACGGGCAAUGCAGCGGCCAGGAGAUGCCGCUUUCAUCCGUGAUGACGGUAAAAUCUUUACAAACAAGGAUGUUAUCUCAUUGUCGAGACGCCUGGCCUGGUCCUAUCGCAAUGUCCUGGGCCUGUCACCUGGCGGAAAAGUCGCUCUCUUCUCGCCCAACCAUUCAGAGUAUGGGCUGGCCAUUUACGCCGCCGAGAUCGCUGGUGUGACUGCCGUCCUCAUCAACCCGGCAAGCACGGCCAAAGAACUUGUCACUUUCCUCGACAUGAGCAAAGCCGACGUGCUGCUUGCACAUCCUUCCGUCAUGGACAAGGCUCGCGUGGCGGCACAGGCCAAUGCUUCGCUCCGACUCUUCACCUUUGCCGAUGCCGAUGAGUCGCCCGAGCAGGCCGAUGUCGAUGUUCCCAAGCACAUCAUGUCGAUCCUCGCCGACGACCAAGAGCUCGAGACGACGGUGAUUGAGCGGCCUCGAGAGCAAACUGUUUUCAUUUGCUUUUCCUCUGGCACCACCGGUCUGGCAAAGGGCGUGGAAAUCACCCACGCAAAUGUCACGGCUUCCUUGGCCCAGAUGCUCGUCACGCACGAGGGGAGCUUCACAAGCCGCGACAUUCAAAUUGGUGUCUUGCCCUUCUGCCACAUCUACGGCCUUGUCAAGCUCCUCCACCACCCUUUCAUGAUCGGCAUGCCCGUCGUCGUCAUGGCCCGGUUCGACAUGAGGGCAUUUUGCGAAAAGGUGGUCCAGUAUGGUGCGACAAUUGCGCUCCUUGUGCCCCCCAUUAUUCUUCUGCUGUCUAGCAGCCCUAUUGCGCAAGAGUACAACCUUAGUACUCUCAAGAUCAUUCAGUCCGGCGGUGCGCCACUGAGCGCCGACCUGGCCCGUCAGGUCUGCUCGCGGUGGCCCAACCUGCGCAUCGUGCAAGGCUACGGCCUCACGGAGUCGUGCCCCAGUGUCAUCUGCACGGGCCCCGCACACCUUCCCUCGUCGCCCGAAUCCGUCGGUCGGAUCGCUCCUGGCGUCGAGGUUCGUCUCGUCGACGACAAUGGCGACGAUGUGGACCCGAACUCGGCUAGUGCGGGCACGCACGCCCAGGGCGAGCUCUGGAUCCGCGGCCCUUCGAUCAUGAAGGGCUACCUGUCCAACGAUGACGCAAAUCUCCAAGCCUUUGGCGAAGGACGGUGGUUCAAGACGGGCGACAUUGCCGCGUACCACGACAACGAGGUGUUCAUCGUCGGCCGCAAAAAGGAGCUGAUCAAGUACAAGGGCUUCCAGGUGCCCCCCGCCGAGCUCGAGGCGCUGCUCCUGACCCACCCCAAGGUUGCCGACGUCAUCGUCGUCGGCAUCGUGGACCACUCGCAGGCGACGGAGCUUCCUCGAGCCUACAUUGUCCCGCGCGAUCUCGGCCUGCUGCGCGAUGAGCAUGCGGGCGCACGCCUCAGCGCAGACAUUGCAAAGUGGACUGCAGCAAACGUGUCAAACCACAAGAAGCUCCGCGGAGGCGUCUACCUCGUCGCCUCGGUACCCAAGAGCCCCUCCGGAAAGCUCCUCCGCAGGGUCAUCAUGCAGCAGAUUGAGAUGGCGGCCGCCACGACCGUCGCCGCUGCCGCCGCCGCCGCUGCUGCUGCUUCCGUCACGGCCGAAGGCUCCGCUGCUGCUGCUGCCGCUGACUCCAAUGCGACCGUAUCGUACCAGGCCGGAAAACAGCACUCGGGUGCUGCCUUUGUCACUGCUUAAACCUGCUCAGCACUUCCCUUUUCCUGCUACGGUGCGUCAUCGCUGCCUCCCGUCGUUUCCAUCGAUGUGUAUACUAGACCUUUUACCUGUUCGUGCUGCCAUGUAUGUCUUGCUCGCUAGGCUCCUCUCCUGCUUCUCAGUUUCCUGGAAUGGACAAUAUCUUUCUUUGC